UUUUUUUUUUGUACAUGGACCCAUAUGUCAGCAGAGUUUCUCAAUCUGUCACUUUGCUAGGUGGAGUGCCUUUGGCGGAGGAAAGAGAAUCUGGACACAGCUACCAUGACUGUCCGACAACUCCUGUGAACCGACUUCCGAAGAAAGCGUCACCCGUCAGCGUAUUGCUAUCACCUUUAAACCGUUGAACCGGCUAGCUCCUCUCUCCCGUUUUUUUUGACAACUGUGGAGCAACACUCACGCGCCCGUGUCAGAAGUUGCCAUGCUAACCGCCGUUAGCUGCCGCCGCGUUACGUUGCUAUGUUUUCUCUGUGAGACUUGAAAACCGCCUGCGGAAACGAGCGCUUAUUUUAUAGAAACGGCUAGCUUUUUUUUUUUUAACUUCAAGGUUGUAGUGUCAUUACUACCGUUUUUUUUUCGUUCUUGAAAACAAAGCUUUUCAAUCUGUCACAGACAUGGGACUACACCCGCUGGAGUUCAGUGAGUGCUAUCUGGACAGCCCGAGUUUCAGGGAGAAAAUAAAGUCACACGAAGCGGAACUGGACAAAACCAACAGAUUCAUCAAAGAACUGUACAAAGAUGGGAAGAACCUCAUCAAUGCAACGAAGCAGCUUGGGAUGGCACAGAGAAAGUUUGCCCAGUGCCUGGGAGAGUUUCAGUUUGAGUACAUCGGCGAUGCAAAGACUGAUGAUGAGAAAUGCAUCGAUGACUCUUUGCAAGAGUUCUCCUCAUUUCUCAAAAACCUCGAAGACCAAAGAGAGCUGAUGAUGAGAAACAUCACAGAAACAUUAAUGAAACCCCUCGAGAAGUUCAGGAAGGACCAGCUUGGUACAGUAAGGGCGGAGAGAAAGAAGUAUGAGAAAGAAACAGAAAAGUACUACAGCUCUCUGGAGAAGCUUCUGAAUAUGUCGGCGAAGAAGAAAGAGCCCCAGCUUCAAGAGGCAGACAUCCAGGUGGAAAACAUGAAGCUGCACUUUCAGGAGGAGUCACUGACCUAUGUGUGCAAACUGCAGGAGAUCCAGGAGAGAAAGAAGUUUGAGUGCGUGGAGCCGAUGCUGGCGUUCUUUCAGACGGUCUUCACCUUCUAUCACCAGGGCUUUGAGCUCGCCAAGGACUUUGACCAUUAUAAAAAAGCACUGCAGAUCAAUAUUCAGAAUACAAGGAGUCGUUUUGAGGGCGCGCGAUCAGAGGUGUACGAUCUAAUGAAGAGGAUAAGGGAGGCCCCUCAAGAAUACAGACAGACCAGCCCCAUCAGUUGUGAAGGUUACCUCUAUGUACAAGAAAAACGGCCGCCUCCCUUCGGCUCAAGUUGGGUCAAGCGCUACAGCACGUUUGUCACAAAGCAGAAGAUUCUGCACAUGGUGACCUUCGACCACAAAUCCGGUGGCAAGAUAGGUGAGACAGAAUCCGUCACGCUCAAAUCCUGUCUGCGCAAAACGCCAGACGUGUUGGACAGGAGGUUCUGCUUAGAACUUGACAUUACGGAUCGGCCUGGCACGGUGCUGACAGUACAGGCUAUGUCAUCGGAUGACUACAAGUUCUGGAUGCAGGCCAUGGAUGGGAAGGAGGCUUCUGGACCCUAUCUCGCGAGGACUUAUUCUAAAGAAAGAGGCAUUGAUGCUCAGCUGAAUGAUGUCGGUUUGAGUUUUAUGAAGAAUUCCAUCAGCGCUAUAGAGACCAGAGGUAUUAAUGACCAAGGCCUGUACAGAGUUGUUGGGGUGAGCUCCAAGGUCCAGAAGCUUCUCUCAUUAAUGAUUGAUGAGGAGAGCAAUGAAGUGGACCUGUCUACCAGCGAGGACUGGGACGUGAAGACCGUAACGAGUACACUGAAGCUCUAUCUGAGAAGCCUCCCGGAGCCGUUGAUGACCUAUGGACUUUACAAAGAGUUUAUUUGCCUCGCAAAGGGCGGCAGUCCGGAGUCCCGCAUCCAAGCCGUCCACUGCCUGGUCCACAAACUCCCGGAGAGGAAUCGAAAAGUCCUCGGGCUGCUCAUGAAGCAUCUGGCCAAUGUGGCAGCUCACAGUAAACACAAUCUGAUGACCGUGGCCAACCUGGGCGUGGUGUUUGGCCCCACAUUAAUGAGGCCACAGGAGGAUACCGUCGCCGCCAUCAUGGAUUUGAAGUUCCAGAACAUCGUGGUGGAGAUCCUCAUUGAACACAAUGAAAAGAUCUUCGCGGAUGCUCCAGAGUCGUGGCCUCUUUCACCUCCGGCCCAAAUAGUGUCCGCUCCCACAAGGCAGUCCAAGAAGCAGAGUCGACAGAAUCGGCCACUGGCUGUCUACAAUCCACAAGCCCUAGACAUUCAGAAUGUGUCAGCAGUGGGAGACGGUUCCAGCCUCACCGCUGAUGAGACCUCGAUGGGCAGCAAUGAGUCCAUGUCGUCCCAGUCGUCUUCAGCCUCGGCCUCGGAGCUGCCAGCAGAGAAGAGCGACCACGUCUCGCUGAGCGGCAGCCUCAGCUCAGGCAGCAACUGCAGGGCCCCCUUAGCAGGAGCCUCCUGUUCCGCUGCCGGAGCCUCGGCCGAGACCCAAGCUGGCUCCACCACCGAGGAGAAGCCGGAGGAGAGUGUCACCAGCAGGAAAGCCAAGGCAGUGUACCCAUGUGAGGCUGAGCACGACUCUGAGCUCUCCUUCCAGGUCGGCGCAAUAUUCAACGGCGUGACCCAGUCGAGAGAGCCGGGCUGGCUGGAGGGCGAGCUGGAGGGAAAGAGGGGCCUCAUCCCUGAAAACUACGUGGAGAUGCUGCUGUAGCCGCAACACACAACACACGGGGGACAUUUUGUGGACCCGCUAUCGCCUCCGACCACCACGACACGCCUCAACGCUGACUUUCACCAAAGAGUCCAGUUCAUCCAAAUCCCUGAAUUCUGCCAUUACCGGUGGAUCGCCCCAAAACGAUCCCCGAUGGCAGCGGAGAAAGCUCUCCCUCACUUAUACAUGGUAUCCAUGAGCUCCCAAGUCCCAACCUGCCGGGCCGUAGCCAUCAGUGCGGUGGAAAUGACUCUCAAAAUGUUUCACUAUUUUCUAAGGAAUAUCUGGAUUUUCAAAAUGAGGCACAUCACUACUACGAUUCUUUUUUUAUUUAAUCGGCACGGUGAUUUUUUUCCUCACUUUUGGAUGUUAAACACACGGUGUACUGUUUGGUUCUUGGUGCACUAUUUGACGACCGAUGAGCCUCUGGAGUUCACCCGAGUGCUCAGAGGUGAAUUUAAAUACCUAGUAAUGAUUUAAACCAAGUGGGGGGGGCGGGGGGGGGGUCAAAUGAUUGGUCUUUGUUUUGAUGGCUUCUAUUUAAUCUCGCUCAGUUUCCUAUUGAGCAGAGAAACGAUACACUCCCACAAAGCUGAACCUUAAGCUUUGCAUUAUUUUUUUAUCUCCAGCGGCGGGAGAGUUAGUGAUUAGAAAUCAAAAUGUUAUUGUCGGUAGGACCACAAAAUGCAGUAUUUUAACGUGUCACAUCCGUUCAGUGUAUAUAAACUAAAUAUUGAAAUUGAGUUGUGAAUGCCACGUCGUUUUACGAGUUCUAACGUGCAUUGGUUUUUAGCACGUGUGCACGUCCCACCACUUUCACUUUUGUACCUUUUGGGUAUCCUCUUGAUCAACGUUAAACAAAUAAAGUUCUUUUUUUUGUUCUUUACUGAAUUCUGUAUUCUUACAAUAAAAAAAAAAGGGAUGACUGAUCGUUUUAUAAUUUAAAAGUCCUGUCGUUGAGACUUGCCAUCUUAAUUCUUAAAAUGUACACGUGGGGACAGUCACCGAUGUGAAACGCGUCAUUUUCUGAUGACUCGUCUAUUGUGUCGGUGAGAAGGCCCACGUGUUGCCACAGAGUGACGAGCCACUGUCACGUUGAGCCGCGCGGCGUGACGUCAGCCUUCCUGUCCAUCUCGCCAACGCCGAUGGCCUCGCUAUCUAAAAAAAUAAAAAAUAAUAACACAAUGGUCCACCUCCUCAUUCAGAUACAUAUCGGCAUUACGCGGUUUCAUACUUUUUUUAAAUUGAUCAACACACCAGAUGAGGUCCAGGCCGAGUGCCUUGGCCUAGGUGACACAAGGAUCAUGACCGGGGGCCCCUUCGCCUUCAUCCUCAUCCUCCUCAUCAUCAUCUUCCCUCUGCCAGAAUACUGCUGAAUCAUGGAGACGUCCACUCCGCCUGCCUCUCACUCCGCGCACCUCGGAGGAAGUCGCGUCUGAUUGAGGAUCCCGUUUCGGCGGGUUUACAUUUCUCUGGCUGCGCGCCAGCUGUUCUUACGGCUCCCGUGACGCAGUGUCCUUCAGGCCCCGA